AUGACUGAAGAGAGCGAGAUUAUUUCAUACUUAGAGAGUAAAUACUAGUUUCAGCUCUCAGAAAAGCUUGGGCAAGGAGCUUUUGGAACUGUUUAUAAAGCAAUAGAUAAUACGGAUGAAUAAGAAUGUGCAAUUAAAAUACUUUAUAAAUCCAACAUGAGCUGUAGCUUGAUAGAAGGAAGAUUGCUUUAAUAACUAGAUCACCCUCAUAUUGUUAAAUUCAAAAGAGUUGGAGAAACUAAGCAUGCUUUUGUUAUUAUUAUGGAGUUAAUGAAAGGAGGAACUAUAGCCCAAUUGAUAAAAUAAAGAAAACAAAACGAAUAGCCCUUUACAGACGAUGAAGCGUCAACAAUUAUGAAAUGCAUUCUCUCGGCUGUUGAUUAUAUGCACUCUUAAAAUAUCCUACAUCGAGAUUUAAAACCUGAAAAUAUUUUACUGGCAGAUCCAAAUGAUCUCACUUCUGUAAAAGUUGCUGACUUUGGACUAGGUAUUUAGUACUCUACUGAGAUGACAUAUAGAAGUUUUUUACAAUAGUGUGGGACAGUCUUAUUUAUGUCUCCAGAGUAAUUAAAAAACUAACCGUACUCGAAGCCAGUUGAUUUAUGGAGUUGUGGUAUAAUUAUGUAUAUGAUAUUAUCUAUGGGUAGACAUCCAUUUAACUAUAACUAUGAAAUUGAAACAAAAGAGCAGUACAUCAAAAUCAUUACUAGCUGUUCUCAGAAAAUAGAAAAUUGGCCUAAUUGCUCAAAUCUAGCUAUAGAUCUCAUUACAAGAUUAACUAACUUUUCUCCUUCUAACAGAUAUAAUGCAGGAAAGUCUCUUAACCAUCCAUGGAUUACUAGGAGAUUAAAUGAUUAGAUACCUUUAUCUUUUGAUGAAAAUAGGCAAAUAUUUUAGUCUAAAAAUACCUUUAUGAAUGUUGUGCUCUCAAUAAUGAUUGUGAAAUUUUUAAAGCAAAGAGCAACAAAAAAAUAACUUAAAAAAAUUCACAUUAGAAAAAAUUACAGCACUUCCACCAGUGUAGUAAACAAGGAACCUGCUGAAGCACCCUCUCCUUUGAUUUACUCUGGGAACAGAUCAAGACUCCUUAAAACUAACGGAAUCAUAGCUCUUUACUAGAAUACAUAUCAUGAUUAAGAAGAAGAAAUGAGCAAUUCACCUCAGCAAAGUGUGGUGAGCUAACAAUUCUAACAAAUAUUAAAUUCCCCAAACACUAACAAAAGAGAAUUUAUGAUAAAAAAAUUAGACAAUUGUUAUCAUUCUUAGUCUCCUUAGCCAAGCAACUAAAAAGGCACAACAAAAUAACUUCUUGCUCCUAGCUAUUUCAAAGUAAAUAAUUCACUGCCUACAAAUUAAUAAAAAACGAAUACAAAUACUUAAAUAUUGAAUCAAUCUAAGUAGACAGCUCUUUCAGGGUAACUGCUAAAUAAUAGCAAUAACGAUAUUUCAAAGAAAAACUAAGUUGUUGAAUUUAGGCAAAAUAAUUAAAAUCAGAAUGGAGACUUUUAAAAACAAAAUUAUGUAAAAAAAGAAUAAACCUAAAUAAGAAUAGUUCCAAGUACUUCUCAAAACUAAAAUAGAGCAAAAUAAGAUAAUUUUUUGCCUUUGUGCUUUAAAUUACCAUUAGAUAAUAAUCACCACAUAAAUUUUGACACUUUAAAUAACUCUACAUAAUCAACAUCUAAACCUCAAAGCUAAGUAAAUACUCCAAACAGUCAAAGUAACCAUAGCAACUCUAAUCAGUUAAACUAAGGUACUUUUACAUUUUAAUCAUAUUUGGGGCAGUCAAAUACAAAUACAAAUAGAAACUAGAAUAGAACCCUUCAAACGUAGAACACGUCAUCUACAUUUUAAAAUAAAUAAAGAUAACUUAGAGUUAAAUAAAGUGAUAGUCUUAGCUACCAAAAAGAAUAGAAUGAUUCUAAUGAAUUAAAUAAAAGAAAUAAUACAGCAAAAACUAAAUUUUCAUAAAAAAGGUUGUCAGAAAUGCAGGCUUAGUAUAGAACUUAGUAUAAUAGCAGUAACAAUUCUUUUAAUCCAGUUAAUAUAUCAAUAAAUAAGAACACUCAUUUUGAUUAAACAAAAAUUCCAAAUUAAUCAAACAACUCAAAAUAAUCUAGGAAGUAUUCUUUUUAGGUCCCUAAAACAACAACCUAAAAACCUCCCUACAAGAAUGAUUUUAAUUUAUUAAAUUUAGAAGAAAUAUUUCAAAUAAAGAAAUAACCAAAAUCAUUAAGAAUAUUAAAUACUCAACAUGACACUAAAUCUAAUAACGAAUGA